AGAAGAAGAAAAACAAAUGGCGCGCUGCUGGAGUUGUAGGAGUUGUCACUUUGUUUAGAUGUCACUUGAGUGCAUUUCAUGUUGUUGUCUAUGGUUCCACCGAAGCACAGCCGAUCAGAAUGAGCUAUUUCUUCGAGCUUUGUUAAGGGAUUGAGGUUAGAGUUAAGAGUGGGUGCAUUUUAUAGUGCUUUGGUGCAGCUCUUUACAUGUGAUCAGUGUGUUUUGGGGGGAAAUGCCUCUUAUUAAGCUCAGAGGAGUCACUGUGGACUUUCCCUUCACUCCAUACCCGUGCCAGGAGGACUACAUGCGCAAAGUCAUCGAGUGCCUGCAGAAUGUAAGAACAUACAAGUUAAAAAAGUUUAACCCCUGUGCCGAGUAUGGUGCGGAGCUGUUCCCCGACAGACCGAUGUCAUCAUGGGGAACAGCAGCCACCGACGGAGACACUCCAACUUAUUACACGGACAUCCCUAAGAUCAUAUAUGCAUCCAGGACCCAUUCGCAGCUAACACAAGUCAUUAAUGAGCUGAAGAACACAUCAUACAGGCCAAAGAUUUGUGUUUUAGGGUCUAGAGAACAGCUCUGCAUAAACCAGGAAGUGAUGCGUCAUGAAAGUAACCACAUUAAGGUUCACAUGUGCAGAGCAAAAGUGUCGUCCCGCUCUUGUCUCUUUUACAACAAUGUUGAUGAGAAAAGCACUGACAAAGAAAUCAUGAAUUCUAUCCUGGAUGUGGAGGAUCUUGUAAAAACUGGCAAAAAGCAAAGAGUUUGUCCAUACUACCUGUCACGCACACUUAAACAACACGCUGACGUCAUCUUCAUGCCAUACAACUACCUGCUUGACCCGAAGAGUCGAAGAGCACACAACAUAGAGCUUAAAGGAGCUGUGGUUAUUUUUGAUGAGGCUCAUAAUGUUGAGAAGAUGUGUGAAGAGUCCACCUCAUUUGACCUCACCCCUUACGACCUGAUUUCUGCCAUUGAGGCCGCGGAUCGACUGCUGCGGGAACAAGCCUCAGACAUCAGCAAAGCAGAUUCUACUGAAGAUUUUAAUGUUGAAUCGCUGAACUCUGGAUUGAAACUGGAUAUUACCACAAUUGCAAAAAUAAAACAAAUUUUGAUGGAUCUGGAAUCAUCCAUUAAUGGUUUUGAGAUGCCCGGAAAUAAUCAAGGAAUCACCAAACCCGGCAGCUUCAUAUAUGAGCUUUUCCAAACAGCUCAUGUGAACUUUGAUACCAAAACAGCUGUGGUGGAAGCCAUGGAGCAGAUCACAGGAUAUUUAGCAGGGAGACCUGGUGUCUUUCUGAACACUAGUGGACUACAGAAAGUGGCAGAUAUAAUUCAGUUGGUGUUUGGGGCUGAACCUACAGAGGGCAGCAAGAAAUCACAGACGGGAAACAGCAUGAAGGAGUUUAAGGUCCACAUUCAUCCAGACACCAGCAACUUCAAGAAGAAACAGAUGACUGAUGUUUGGGCUUCUUCCUCUACCAAGAAACAAGGGAAUGUGCUGAGUUACUGGUGUUUUUCCCCGGGGUUCAGCAUGCAGGAGUUGCUCAGACAGGAAGUACGCAGCAUCAUUCUGACCAGUGGAACUCUCUCGCCGCUCUCGUCCUUUACCUGUGAAAUGCAAAUUCCUUUCCCUGUAUCCUUGGAGAAUCCUCACGUCAUCCAGCGGGAUCAGAUCUUUGUCAGUAUCAUUGAAAAAGGUCCGGACGGUGUGCAGUUGAGCACUGCCUUUGACAGGAGGUUUGUUCCUGAAAACAUGUCGUCCAUGGGAAACACUCUGGUCAAUCUGGUGCGGGUGGUGCCUCAUGGACUGCUGGUGUUCUUCCCCUCGUAUCCAGUGAUGGACAAGACUCUGGAGUUCUGGAGGGCUAAUGGACAUGCCGAUCGCAUUGAGCAUGUGAAGCCCAUGUUUGUAGAACCGAGGGGUAAAAGCACUUUUACAGAGGUGAUUGAUGGUUAUUAUGACAAGGUGAACGACCCAAACUCCAGCGGAGGCAGCUUCUUCGCCGUAUGUAGAGGAAAGGCAAGUGAGGGGUUAGAUUUUGCUGACACGUACGGUCGAGGGGUUGUGAUCACUGGACUUCCCUUCCCCCCCAGGAUGGACCCCAGAGUGGUGCUUAAAAUGCAGUAUCUGGACGAGAUGUGCAGGAAAAAAAUUAGUGGAGUCAAGUAUCUCUCUGGGCAGGAGUGGUACAGACAGCAGGCCUCUCGAGCUGUCAAUCAAGCCAUUGGCAGAGUGAUCCGUCACAGAGAAGACUACGGAGCCAUCUUCCUCUGUGAUCACAGGUUCAAAGGCACCGAAGCCCGUAUUCAGCUUCCUUUAUGGGUGAGGCCAUACGUUAAGAUUUACGAUAGCUUCGGUACCAUGGUCCGUGAUGUGGCUCAUUUCUUUCGGACGGUGCAAAAAACUAGACCAGCUCCUGUUAGGAAAAGAAAACAGGCCUGUAAAAGUCAGGCAGACACCGGGCCGCUUAACACAGGCUCCAGCUGUCCUGCUAAGAGUGUCUGGCUCAGUGACACCUCUCAAAAAGCCAAAACACUGGACUCGCACGUCCCCAGCCUAAAGAGGAGAAGAUUAGAGUCAGAAGAGCAUUCUGGACGGGAUGGAGCGGCCAGACUUUGCAUUCAGUAUGAGAUGGAGAUGACAAGUAAAAGGAAACCAGUCAGCCUGCUGGACGCCCUGGAUGACACAAAUAAAUGUACUUUUUGUCUUUUGCUGGCUGUGCUUCAGAAAACAGUGGCUUCCUCUACUGCAAAAACAGGCAAAGCUUUCAUGAUGGAGCUGAGACGAUGCCUGAGUCAUGAGAACUUCAAGCUCAUCAUGGAGGCACUGCAGUCCUACAAGACAACGGAUGACCUGAGUAACCUUCUGGCUAAUGUGGUUGAACCGCUCAUACAAGACCACAACACACACUGUCUGCUCAGAGGUCUUUAUCAGUUCAUCCGACCACACCAUAAAAAAGAGUUCGAUGAGCGUUGUUUGGAGUUAACAGGUGAAGGGUGUGGCUAUAAACAAGAGCAUUCGCUAUCCAGGGAGGAGCGAGAGGCUCUCAGGCAGAACACGGCGAAAGCUGAGAUGUCGCCUGUGAAUCCACCCAGUGAGCAGCUGAAUUCAUAUCAACAGUUGAACCAAGGUGGUUCUCACCUGGGAACUGCAGAACUUAACGGAGGGGAUGGGAAAAAUGGAGUGAAUGUGAUACGUGAAGUCCAGAAGCCACAGACAUCCAUCAAAGAAGGUCUGUCGUGCUCCUCUCUGCUGUCAGACAUUAAACAGGCCAUCGGUGCAGAAAAAAACCGUCAGAUGUUUUUGGCCUUGCAGGCCUAUAAAACGUCAAACAAUUACGAACAGAUGGUGUCAACUGUUGUGAGUUUAUUGACUGAAAGAGAUGAAGACAUCGCUCUACUGGAACGGUUGUCUGUGCUCAUUCAACCACAGCACAGGAAGCAGUUUGGUGAGCUGUUAAAAUCCUUGACUGGAAAUGAUUGUGUCGCAAACCAGGAUUCAGACGUGGGAUCAAGUCAACCAAAUCAAGCAUCUCCAUUUUCUGCAGGAAAGACUCAAAGCAAGAUAUCAUCCUUCUUUUCAUGAAUGCUGCUAAGAUAUUGAUCUUCAUUUUUUUUUUGCAUAUACCAUGAAUGAGGAGAUUGAUGCAGGAGAAUGUUAAAAAUAAAUAUUGCA